AUGAGCUGGAGCUUCCUGACCCACCUGCUGGACGAGAUCUCCAACCACUCCACCUUCGUGGGGAAGGUCUGGCUGACGAUGCUCAUCAUCUUCCGCAUCGUGCUGACGGCCGUCGGCGGCGAGACCAUCUACCAUGACGAGCAGAGCCGCUUCGUCUGCAACACGCAGCAGCCCGGCUGCGAGAACGUGUGCUACGACGCCUUCGCGCCGCUCUCCCACGUCCGGUUCUGGAUCUUCCAGGUGAUCAUGAUCACCACGCCCACCAUCAUGUAUCUGGGCUUCGCCAUGCACAAAAUCGCCCGCAUGGGGGACAGCGAGUACCGCCCGGUCCAGGGCCGGAAGAAGAGGAUGCCCAUCGUCAACCGCGGGGCCGUGCGGGACUACGAAGAGAUCGAAGAAGAAGAAGACCCGAUGAUCGCGGAGGAUAUCGAACCGGUCAAGCCGGACGCAACCGACAAAAAAUCUGAGAAGAAGCACGAUGGCCGGCGGAGGAUCCAGCGCGACGGCCUGAUGAAGGUCUACGUCUGCCAGCUGCUGUGGCGCUCGGCCUUCGAGGUGGCCUUCCUCUUCGGCCAGUACGUCCUGUACGGGUUCGAGGUCAUCCCCUCGUACGUGUGCACGCGCUCGCCCUGCCCACACACGGUGGACUGCUUCGUGUCGCGCCCCACCGAGAAGACCAUCUUCCUCCUGGUGAUGUACGUGGUCUCCUUCCUCUGCCUGCUGCUCACCAUCCUGGAGAUCGUCCACCUGGGCGUCGGCGGCGUCCGCGACACCUUCCGCCGGAGGGCGGCGCUGGGCGCCCGCCCGCCCCGCCCGCCGUCCUCGCGCUCCAUGCCCACCGCCCCGCCGGGCUACCACGCCACCAUGAAGAAGGAGAAGCUGAAGGGCGCGCUGAGGGACUUGCCCGCGGGCGACUCGGGCCGCGAGAGCUUCGGCGACGAGGCGCCCUCGUCCCGGGAGCUGGAGCGCCUGCGGAGGCACCUGAAGCUGGCCCAGCAGCACCUGGACCUGGCCUACCAGCCGGACGACGGGAGCCCCUCGCGCAGCAGCAGCCCCGAGGUCAACACGGCCGCGCAGACGGCCGCCGAGCAGAACCGCCUGAACUUUGCCCAGGAGAAGCAGGGCGAGCCCAGCGAGAAAGGAAUACAUGCCUGAGCAUGCUUCCCUUCUCUGACAUCAGUCCUUUUCUGGCCCAAAAAACGCACGCGAUGAAGCACAUAUGGGAAUGCAGUCAGACCACUGAGGGGGGGAGCAAAGAGUGCGGCCGAGGGAUUCGUGCCUUUCAGUAUUAGUGGUCGGUCCAAAAACGCUGACCGAGCAAGUGUGGUGACAAACGCUUUCAUUGAAACUUGAACGCCUGUCGCAUCCGGAGGUUCUGCUUGCCGACCUGCGUCCAAACUUCGACAACGCCUUCAGAAACCUUUGACCACACUCUCAACUGACUUGGCGGCCAUGCGGUAAUCCUCCCGAGGAUUAAUCUAAGGUUUAAAGUACGACUGAAUCCACUUUAGUUUAUUCCUCCCAAUUGAGAGGCUCCUUUUUUUCUUUUUUUUUUUUUUUUUUUAAAUGAAAUGUCCCUGAAUGUUAAAGUCUUACUUUGUCGAGGCUUGUUUGUUCUCUAAAUCUUCAAACAACACAGCCUUCGGUUAUGUCUUUUUUUUUUUUUUUUUGUGGGUGUGAUAUGCAACACAAGUGGCCUAACCUGCACUAUGAAUCAUGUUUAAUUAAAAACGGCUUUAAUUUUAGAUUGUUUAUCGGUAAGAACCCGUUCCGUUUUUUUCCGGAACAUUCAAAAGGUGUUUCAUACUUAAUUAAUCGGCCAAAACGUAUGCCUGGGCAAUGCUUGAAUUCAUGAUUUGACUAAGUGUUUUGAGAAUUUGCCAACAAUCGUUCCAUCCGGUCCGUGUUUGUGCCAUGAUGUCCCUUUAAAUUAUGUAACAUGGCGGGUUUAUGCCGCCUUAUUUUUGUAUAAUAGCUGGUCAACAAAACUCCAACCUCUUCUUGAAUUUGUCCUUUGAGUUGGAUUUAUUUUUCUAGCCCAUUAUGUGUUGAAACAUGCAUCUCCACUGUAUUGGGGGGAGGGGGGGGGUUCAGAUGUCUUCAGUUCAUAGCUUUCGAGUACAACUUCUUCCAUAGCCUGUCGGUUGUUUUCAUGUUCAAUUAUAAUGGCUGUCUGAUGCUGUAUGCUUAUCAUCUCACUUCCACUUCAGCCAUUUACUGCAAGGUACAACAUUCCAUUUUGAAUAUGGUACUCCGAUGUUUUUUGUUUCCAUUGCAAGAUUUGUAGCUUUGUAACUGUAGAGAUUAUUUUGUCUUCAGAGUAAAUAAAUAUAUUUGAAAUACUUUUCUCGUAUUUAACUCGGCAAACCGUCUCAUUCCAGGUUACUGCAGCGUUUGACUAGGCAGGGAAAUAAAAGCG